AUGGAACCUGACUGCACAACUCCUCUUCAAAUAGAAUCUAAUUCAAUUAUCUCAUCAGAACCCUCACCUCGUGGUACGCCCAUGGUAUCUGAUCAGCCAAAUCCUAUAUUUUCAGACCAGCGCUACGCAUCCUCCGAUUCUUUUGAAACCCCAGAAAGACAAGGAACCGAGUUUUCAUCUUCAGCAAUAUUCGGAUUUUCAAGAAAUUCAACUGAAAAGAUCCACCCUCAUUCCAAGCUUCUCCGUAUCACUCAAAUGAGACCAGGCGACAGAAGGCCGCGCGAAAUUUUGUUACCAAUUUUUUAUCACCAAAGGCAUACACCGAAAUACCGAGAGCACGCCAAUUUAAGCAUGCAAACAGAGCCUAAAUCAUUAAGCCAAAUAUUAGAAGGUCUGAGAGAAAACCCAAGAUCAAAAUUUGGGUCUAGAAGCAGAGUUCAUAGAAGUAACAGGAAAAGAGUAUCAUUUGGGAGUGAUUUAGGAGACCCAAUUGAAAUUGAAGGAUUCAGCUCAAUUGGGAGAUCAAGCGGGCAAAGUUUCUUUGACUCAAUUUUGUCGAUACCAAAAGAUAAAGAUAAGUUUUCGAAUUCUUCUCUGGAUAGCUUGGAGAUUGAAGAAAUUAUUCCAACAAAAGCAAAGGAAAGCAUGGCCACGAUACCUACUGCUACAAAUUCAGUUGCUGAGCCGAAAUCGUCAGCUAUUUAUCCCUUAAGUAAAAAUCAAGCCAUGCAGCUUGUUGAAGAAGAAAAGAUUAUAACUACACAGGCAGGUACUGUUAGUACACAAGGAAACGUUGAUAAUGAAGAGGUCCCAGAUUUAUUCUACGAACGAGAAGUAUUUGAGUACGAGCAGGAAGCCAAAGCAAGCUCAGUGUUCCAGCAGGUUUCUGAGUUCAAUGAAUACCCUGCUGUAAUUUAUUGUGAAAAUUGUAAAAAAGAAAUAAUAACAACGGUGAAGCCAGAAAUCAAACAAGAAAAAGGCUUUUUCAAAAAACUUGACUCCUUUCUAUGCUGCUGCUCAAAUUUAUGGAUGAAAAGUCAUGUACUUGUGCAUUCUUGCCCUAUAUGCAAUCAAGAAAUUGCGAAGGUGAGUGCUUAA